AUGGAAAAGACAAUAAAACGAACAACAACGCAACAGUUUGAAAAGCUAGUGGAACUCAUGCAAAAUAAUCCACACGUUGCCAAGGGGAUGGGAAAUUUCGGCUCCUCAAAGAAGAGUAGGGCAGAAUUGUGGGAAAAGUUUGCGGCCGAACUUAACGCCAUCGGACCUCCAAUGCGGAACGGACGUGAGUGGAAUAAGUUUCUUUUGUGUACUAUUAAGUUUUGGCUAGACUACAAACUGAAGUUGAAGAAAAAAAUUUCAACGAACCGACGGGAAACUGUUGCCACAGGAGGAGGUCCGUACGUCCAGCAAAGCCUCACACCUUUGGAGCAAACUGUGGAUGAGCUGCUUCACCUACAGGAAGCAGUCAACCCCUCGGGCUCUACAUUUGGAGCUAAUAUCCAAGAAACGGAGAGCAAUGACAGGAAUGAUUCUUCCCAGCCAGAAGCGCAGGACGAAGAAAUGGAUCUAUCGGCUACGUCAACUCAGGCGAGAAGAAGAAUGACAGUGGAGGACCGCGAAAACAUUCGUUUGAGUGCGUUGGAGAGGCAGUCCGAGGUGCAAGAAGUUCUUUGCUCAAGGGUAUCAGGCAUAGAAAAAAGACUAGAAGAAAUUUCGAGAUAUGCUAGGAAAACAUACGAAAUAAAACAAGAAAAACUAAACUUAUUGAAGAUGAAGGAACAGAGAAAGAAAGAAGAAAAUUUAGAAAAAAAGAGACAACAUAAAGAAAAGAUGGAAAUGAAGUUAAAGGAGUUAGAAUUAAAACCUUAA